AUGUCAUCAUCUCUGUCAAGUGAAGAUGAUUUAGCCAUUUCUGAUAGCAAAAAUAACGAUUCACAAUCAUCGGAAAAAUCAUGCAAAGUGUGUGGUGAUCGUGCCAUUGGUUAUAAUUUCUCAGUGAUAACAUGUGAAUCAUGUAAAGCAUUUUUUCGGCGUAAUGCUAAUCGUCAAGAGUCUCUAAAAUGUCCAUUCAAUCAAAAAUGUGUCAUAAAUGUGUUAAAACGAAGAUUUUGUCAAUCAUGUCGAUUGCAACGUUGUUUUCAGGUAGGCAUGAAAAAGGAGUGGAUAAUGCGAGAAGGUUAUCGAUCACGAAAACAUCGAUUAUCGACAAUUCCGGAAAAUGAUGAAGAAAUCAAAAAAAUAUUUGAUCAAAUUGAUGAUGGUGAUGUUGCGGUACCAAAACAAAUUCUUGUAGAACUUGUUAAAAAAUCAACUUUGCGAUGUCUAACAGCUUGCCAAUGCAGAUGUACUUGUGGAUUCUAUCCUGCGGAUACUAAGUUGAUUGCUGUAUCAUCAUCAUUUACAGAGCAAAGAUUUCCGCAAUCAAAUGAAAUUAUUGCUCCAUUCAAUCCAGUGAAUCAAUUUUCUCGACCAAAUCACGACAAUUUUUGUCCUGAGCGAGGGAUAGACUAUCCACCGGUAAUAUCGAAUUGCUUAACACCCAUGCCACAAAUGCCAGUAUCCGUUCUACCGGAAAUGUCAACAACUUGGGAUGGAAAUAUUUGUUUAGCAACAUCGGCAACAACAGGCAUACAACAGGCGUACAUUUCAGAUGAUAAUUGCUUCUCUGUGGAUGCAUUUGAACGAUUGUUUGCAGACGAUAAAUUACUACUACAAGAAUUAAUUACUGCAAAUGAUAUCCUCAAACAACCGUUGGAUUUAUCUACAAAUCAAAAACAUUUCAAUGAGUUAUCGCUUAUGGAUGUUGUCCGAAUGACCGAUUUGGCACUUCGACGUAUCAUUAACAUGGCUAAAGAACUAACAUUUUUCAAAAGUUUAUCAAGCAAAGAUCAAAUUUCUGUCCUUAAAGGAUCAUGCAGUGAAUUGUUGAUAUUGCGAGGAGUUAUGGUAUUUGAUCAAAAAAAACAUGCAUGGAAUACGAGUGUAAUACAGAGUCCAGCGGAAUUGGAAAUCAAAUUGGAAAUAUUAAAAAAUUCUAAGGAACUGAAACAUUAUGAGGAGCAUAAAAGAUUUCUAACAACAUUUGGCGAAAAAUGGGGUAAGAAUGAAUAUAUUAUGCUAUUGCUCAAUGCAAUAACAUUAUUUUCACCAUUUCGUACCAAUCUUCAAGAUAUUCAAAAAUUGCAAAAAAUAAGACAAAGAUAUUGUGAUGUUCUGAGAAGAUAUCUUGGCAAUCUUUAUGUGACAUCUGAAGCGGAAAGAGCAUAUCAAGAAUUACUCAAGAAAUUAGAUGAUGAAUUAAAUCAUUUGAGUCAUAGUUUGCUACGUAUUUAUCAUGGAUUAAAUAAUAGCGAAUUAAAUCCAUUGCUACGCGAACUUUUCGAUCUCUCGCAGACAUGA